UCAGAAAUCAUGUAUGGUGAACUGUAUAUCAGAUAUCGAGAUCGCGAUGAAGUUGUGCCGUUACUCACGAUUAUGGUCAUACCUUCCUCUAUUGUACAUAUACAUGAAAUAAAAUUGAAUUUUUACAUUUCAGAUAUCAGGAUUUGUGUACAUUACAAAAUGCCUGCCAGGUGUAGUGCUCCCAGAUGCACCAACUCUAAUAAAGAAAGAUAUGGAUGCAUAAACUUUGCUCGAGAUCCAAAGUUGAGACAAAAAUGGAUUGAUGCUGUCGGGAUUUCAGAUUGGAAACCUCCAAAAUCAGCUGUACUGUGUGAAGUUCAUUUCCAUCCAUCAGAAUUAUUCCGCAUUGGUAAUAAAAAAAUUAUAAGGAAAGGUACCAUACCAAGUUUAUUUUGCAAAUGUGAAGAACCUAUGAAAGGGAAGUCUCUUGCAGAAAUUCAACCAGAACAGCGAUGUAAUGAAUCAACUGAAUUUCUUCCUUACAAAAAGGCAGGAUUAAGAAGUGAUCAUUUGUAUACUGCUACAGAAAAUUCUGAGAAGCAAAAAAAUAAGAGUUGCAAAAGAGAGCAGUAUUCAAAUGAAUUACAAGAACAUAAUUAUUGUUUACUUUUCAAAAAAAGGAAAUCUAUUAUGUUUGGGUCACGUAAGAAGUAUGUCCAUACUGCACAUUGUGUUGUAAUGAAAGAACCUAUUGAUAUAAAUACAUUGGAGACAUUCUCUGAAGAAGAAAAUUACAGAUUAAAUUAUAAUCUAGACAUACGUGUAUCAUCAGAAUUUACUGCAAACCAAAUAUUGUCUAUGGAGAAUUUACCUAGUCCAGAAGAAUAUGAAAUACUAAAAGAAAAAUUAAAAAUGGUUGAAAAGGAAAGAGAUAUCCUAAAAAAUAAAGUUAACGACUUAGAAAAAAAUAUCGAAGAAAAUACUGAAAUAAUCAAUACAGUUCUUAAUAAAGAUCAACAAAGAGCAAUUGUAUAUGGUACUACAAAAGGUUCCAAAUGGUUAGAUGUAACAAUCGAAAAAGGAUUGAAUUUACAUUUUGCAUGUGGAUCGCAUGGUUAUAAUCAGAUAAUUAAACUUGUUGCUCCAUUUCCUUCAUUGAGAACUUUAAGAAAUAAAAUACAGCAAAAUUUGAAUCAGUAGCCUUAUUCUUGAGUACAUACGAAUAAUUUUCGCAUACGAAAAUGAUAGUUUCUCGACUGUGAUUGUAUAUGAAAUUACUAUUUUCGUAUGCAAUAUUUGUUCAAGAAUAGGACCCCAGAAUGUUUGAAAAUGUUUUUAAAUAUCUGCAGUUGAUCAUUCUUCAUAUUUUACGUACAUAGAAAAUCUGUGGUAUUUGGAACUAGUAUUUGGAAUGGCGAUUAAAGAGCAGAUCGAUUUUGAUACAAGUACAAAAGCACAUAUUGGAAAUGUGACAUUGUCUGGCAAUACAAAUAAAUUGACAUGUAAAGCUUCACUUUUCCAAUUGUUUAGACUUGGUUUUCAUUGAAAGUAGUAUGUAACUUACCACUUCAUCUUAUUCAAUAAAUGAUGCAAUUAAA